AAUGCAAACUGUAGAGAAUGGUUCUGGUUUAAGUCUUGAAGCACGAACACUACAGAUGGAUUCACCAAGAGCUUUCGGAUCCAGAAAGAAAUUUCCGAUAAAUUUCGACAAGCACAGAAGAUUUAGUCUUAGUGGAAUAAACUCUAGUGCUUACGGAGUCGGCCUUUCAAGAAGUAGUUCCAUUCACGUGGGUCGUCUUGCCGCAUUUUCCUCUCCAACAUUCCGGCCUAACAAAAAUUCACUGUUCCGAAAGCAAAGCUUGGACAAAACUGAUGAAGAGGAGACUGAAUUCCUUCUUGAGAAUCAGCUGACGUUGGAGGAUCAGCUGAUCUCUGAUAAUCAGCUGAGUUCUGAAAACCAGUUAUCCUUGACACCAAGCGAUCAGCUGUUGGUGUCCGAUCUAGUGCCACCAGAAGAAAGGAAUAAUGCAAAAUUAUUAUUAUUAUUCCUCAUCACUAGCAUUUAUAUGGUUUCACCGCUUUGUUUUCUGGCACUAAAUUUUGCUUAA